UCCGACCUGGUUGGGGAAGGAAGUAAGGUUGCUUUCUAUCACAGCCAAAGGAAAACUGAGCCAUGCGACAAGUUUGUUCUUGGAAGUGAGGAGGACAUGUAUCGUGACGCGGAUGAAAUAGAAAAGGAGAAAGAAUUACUUACACAUGAAAGAGGGUUAUCAGCAGAAGCCAGAUUAAGUGUAGCUCCUGAAAUGGAUAUCAUGGACUACUGCAAAAAAGAAUGGAGGGGAAAUACACAAAAAGCCACAUGUAUGAAAAAGGGCUACGAGGAGGUGUCUCAGAAGUUCACCUCCAUCAGGCGCGUCCGUGGAGAUAAUUACUGCGCACUGAGGGCCACGCUGUUCCAGGCGAUGAGCCAGCCGGCGGCACUGCCCUCCUGGCUGCAGGACCCUGAGCUCACGCUGUUACCAGAAAAACUCAUAAGCAAAUACAACUGGAUCAAGCAGUGGAAACUUGGACUGAAAUUUGAGGGGAAGAACGAGGACCUGGUUGAUAAAAUUAAGGAGUCCCUCACGUUGCUGAGGAAGAAGUGGGCAGGCUUGGCGGAACUAAGGACUGCCGAAGCAAGGCAGAUAGCUUGUGAUGAACUGUUCACAAAUGAGGAAGAGGAGUAUAGCCUCUAUGAAGCUGUAAAAUUUCUAAUGCUAAACAGAGCCAUUGAACUAUAUGAUGAUAAAGAGAAGGGAAGAGAAGUACCAUUUUUCUCUGUGCUUCUGUUUGCUCGGGACACAUCAAAUGAUCCUGGACAGCUGCUAAGGAACCAUCUAAACCAGGUGGGACACACCGGUGGCCUUGAACAGGUUGAAAUGUUCCUUCUUGCCUACGCUGUGCGCCACACCAUUCAGGUGUACCGGCUGUCCAAAUACAGCACUGAAGAAUUCAUCACGGUCUACCCCACUGAUCCGCCCCUGGACUGGCCGGUGGUGACCCUGAUCGCCGAAGAUGAUCGGCACUACAACAUCCCCGUCAGAGUGUGCGAGGAGACGAGUCUGUGAGGGACGUGCACCUGGACAGCCUGGCGACACGGCCGAGCUGCACGGGCGACUCCUUGGCUCGGGCCUUGGGCCUCAGGGGCUCUUAGAAUGACCUGUGGGAACUCUUGGGCCCUGUGAGCCAGGCUGGACUGGGUUGUUCUGUAGACAACUUUUGAUAAUAAGAAUUAACCAAGUGUUUUCCCUCAACUUUGAUGCAAUAUGUUUCCGGGGGGCCUUCAGAGCACUUCUUUUGGAAGGUACAAACUACAUCUUCUCCAUAAAACAAAUCUUUUGUAUCAGAGAAGACUCAUUUUGGAGAGGAAUGUGUUCUUUGUGUCUCAGAAUCAAACUCUCUUUAAUUGUAAACUGGCUCUCCAUUUUUUCUAAGAUAGUAAUGUUUUGUUUUGGUGGUAAUGGGUCUCUGUAGUGCCCUUCUAUGCAAUUCAGCUGACAUGGCGUAACUCUGGGCUGGAGUCUGUUAGUGGCACAGUCAUAACGUCCUCUGAUAGUCUUGUCGAGCAGUGGUUUGGAUUUACAUAUUAAUUAAAGCUAUUCUAAGCAGAUUGUCUCACAGAAGAUUAAAAACUGGGUCCAAAAAGGAGUUAUGUAAAGGCUGGAGAAGGAGCUGCAGAAGGGAUGUGACGGCACCUGGAACUCCUGAUCUGAGAAUGUGACAGGUGCCUGAGGUCACGGCCACACCUGGUCAGGUGCCUCAUGCAGGUACGGUGCUGUCAGCUGGGUGAGCGCUGCUUGUGAUGAGCUCUGGCGUCAGACUGUCGAUGAUGCUCCGUUUCAUAGAUGCGCCAUUUUAUAGUCAGAACAGCGCAGAGAUCAUCUGCUCUUGAGAGGAGGAAGCCAGGGCCCGAUGACUUCAGGCACUCAGCGCUGAGUUCAGGGGUGGGGGUGAGCUGGAUCUGUGUCUUCUGUGCUCUUCCCACGGGGUGUUUUUGAGGAUGCUUCCAGUGCCAAAUUCGCGUUCCUGCCGGGGGGUGGGUAAUAGCAAAGUGUCUAAGAUUUUUCAUGAGUAAGAUGAAUCAGAAGCAAGCCCCAAAACUAAGUACGGAAGUGGGGCCGAGCUGCAUCGGCUGUGAGCCUGUGGUUUGGUUCGGGAAGCCUGAGGGAGGAGGGAGUGUUCCUGGUGGUGAGGCCUGGUUGCACGCUGCUAGGGCUGGAGUCACCCACAGGGGCCGUGGGCUGUGUCCGUGGUUCCCAGGGACCAGGCACAUCACUCCGUGCUGUCUGGGCAGCCCCUGCCUGGGCUCAGCGUCUGUGAAGGUAGUGUCACCCUGAGGUUCCAAGCUUUAUUUUAUAAUAAUUAAAAUCUUCACUUGGUUCCAUUUAAUAUAGUUACUAAGCUAUCACAUGGUUUUGGGGAGUGGCAAACCUUUUUUGAAAAUGUAAGUUUUGCCUUAUACUUAAAAAUUAGAACUCUUUUGAGAAAACUCAGAGGACACACAAAACUAUGCAGACUAUUGCAUGAGUAGUUUCCCAUUACCUCAUCAGUAAUAUUCACCACAGUUGGGGAGGUGUUUAUUGUUUAGAGUGUUUGAAUCGGGUUCUGCUCCGAAUGUGCGUGAAUGCGUUAGAGAGGCUUUGUGUUUUUCACUGUGAAAUGUAAUGGUGCCUCGAAUAGGGAGGUACCUAGAAGCCAAAUUAAAGUAAUAAUAAUGACUUCUUAUUGGCUUUGAUGCUUCAUUUUCGUAUUUGUAAUUGUACAAUAGGAAAUGCUUACUGUUCAUUCUCGAACAUUUUUAAAAGCACACUUAAAAUGUUUUGGCGCAAGGCAGUGGGGGUCUCUGUCCUCCGGGGGUGCACCGAGUCUGACUGUUGGUCCAUACCUACUCUUCAGUUUAGUAAUACUCAAGACCAUCUGUCUUUGCAUCAUGAAAAUGUUCUAAUCUUCGUGAACUGGAACUGGACUUUUGGGCAACUUAAUUGUUUACAUGCAUACUUUUUUCUUGUUCCUGUGUGAUACUGGUAGAGUGUGUGGAAACUGUGGUCCUCACCACCACAAUGAUGCAAGUUUGAAGGCACACGUUAAAGUGGCUUUCUGACCCAAGGCCUUAUUGGACUUCGCUCUCAGCCUGUCAUGCUGGCUUAGUGGGAUCACAGCAUCAGAGAGGCAAAGCUUUCAAAGAAACACUACUUCGGGGAAUAUAAAUGAUUGGCUGACUUUAAAAAAUAACAUUUCUUCAUUGUAACAUGCAACUUCAGUUGCCCAGAAUCUUAAUUCCAUACAUCAUUCCUGGUCACAGGCUGGCCGGACCCGGAGAUACCAAUUGCACUGAGACCAAAAUGGAUGCAGGAUAGUCUAUUUAGAGAGGUCUCUAAAAUGAUACUUGUCCUAGGAAAAGAGAAAGCAGUGGUAACUACACUGGGCUUGCUUUCAUUCCCAGAGCUGAUUGCAAGAGGUCCGAGAUUUGGACCCUGUGGUCUGGGCAGAAAGAUGAUCUCCAGCUUAGGCAGGCGUGACUUACAGUUUUGGGCUUACUUAAAGUGCGUUUAAACCUGAAAGACUUUCCCUAUAGCAAGUUCUCUGGAAUUGAUCUUGCUUCUUCAGGAUCUCUUCUGGCUCCUCGCCUCGCCUGCUUAGCUCCUUCUGCAUACACAGCACGCACUGAUUCCACUCCUACAUGCAGAACAGCGAUGACCACAGUGGAGGAUGAGAGGCCCAGGUGUGGGUUCGCACUUGGGAUCCAGACGGCGGUGGGGUUUGAUCUGAAGUGUUUGCGGUUCCUCUUCCUUUGAGUACAGCACGUCCGAAAAUGUUUCAGACACACCGAACAGGACUGACCCUGCUCUCCUUGUGGAGCUAUUGACGCAUGUAUUUUAUGUUGGGUAUUGAGUUCAGUAAGGUCUGAUGCAAGUUUUCAGGCAUUGCCUUGGUAUCUUUUCAUUUUUCGGUUCCUUCCAGGUGUCGAGCUUAGCAGGUAAAAAUCUCAGGCCAUAGGAGUCUUAACACCUCUGUCAGAAGAAACAUCUUUUGUGGGGUUAUAUGUGCUUUUUUUUUUUUUUUCUUUUUCUGUAAGAGGCUGUGUUUUCCCUCCUGCCCUACCCCUCCCACCAAGGUGCUGUCCCACCUCCUUCCGAGGUCUGCUUCCCGAAGGCCCGGGGAGCAGCUGUUACGCGCUCGCUCUCCUGCCUUUACUGCUCUGGCCUCUUGCUGUUGCUGCAGAUGCAUCGGACUCCAGUAGACUUCUGGCUGUCUCCUCUUUCUGAUGUUAAAAUAACGUUUGAUUAUUUCAUUUUCUCUCUUUAUUAAGCAGUACUUUGCAGGUAACCCCCUUGAAAGCCCAGUAGUAUUUUCCGAAGUCUAACCCUCCAGGGAAUCCUGUUUGUAGGCAUACAUAGAAAUAAAUGUCUUUUUAAAAAAAAGCCCGCGACUACUUAACACACAAUGAAAAGGAGGUCCUCAGUGUGUGUGAAGUGCAUCUGAAGAAUGUGUGAAAGGCAUAGAAUCCCCAGAUCCUUCAGCAGAAGACAGGGCACAGUGUCAAGUAACUUACAAAAAUGGCCCAAGGAACUGUAAGAAGUGAAUUGAAAAAGGAACUGAUUUUAGAGUAAAAAUGUCACUUAAAACAACAGGGGCGCCUGGGUGGCUCAGUUGUUAAAUGCUCGACUCUCGAUCGAGGCUCAGGUCAUUGCCCACGUUGGGGUCCGUGCUAGGUGUGAACCCUACUUCAAAACAAAACCGAAAGACAAAACAACAAAUGCCUGACAGACCUCCCGGCCUGUGUUACAUGUGGAUGAAAAUCUGAAUGAGUAGGACUUCUGUGUAUGGAUUCUGCUGAUCACUUUUCCUAAAACGUAUGAAGUUCCCUGUUUCAUGGAAGUGUAAUUUGUAGUGCUUAACUCUUCUGGAAAGCCUUGGUGAUCUCUUCUGAGAAGGUAGAGAGACUAGGGAGCCAGUUCUGAGUUGUGCAAAUAGACCAGGGCAGCUGAUGAUUAAAGCCUUUGUCGCUGAGUUGAUAACUUGGGGCCUGGAAGAGCACAGCACUAAGCUGGUCAGGCUGUCUGCGGGCUUGGGGGCAGUAGGGUCCGUUGGGCGCAGCUCUGAGCGGAGGGGCUGGUGCGUGCCAGCUGGUCGGCGCCCAGGUCCCACAGGGCCCAGCAGCCCUGCGGAGGGCCUGAGGGCAGUUGUCUCACUAGUCUUGUUCCCAUGGUGAACUGAAAUGGUUACUGGGAAUGGUGGAAUGGGUUAGUUCGGUCUGGAACUCUAGAUGUGGUAAUUGCAUUGAAAUACCUUAUCAGCAAAUCAUUCUAUCCCAUAAUGCCUCUGUUCCCAGGCGUUAUGGCCCCCCGUGUAUUUAAAUAUUUUGAAUGCUCAGGACUAGCCAGGGCUUUUCAUGGAGGAGAACCUUGGCUGGAGUCUUGUUUCGGUCACCUCGCUUGGGUCAGGAAUGAAAUCGUCAGAGUGUGGCUAAUGCAAGGAAAGGAUAUGGGGCUCCAAAUAUCUGGUCUUAGCGGUCACUCUCCUAGUAACCAGGGGUAGUUGAGCUUCCUUACGAACUUCAAAAUCAAUUUUUUUGUACUUAGAUUUUAAGAGCUUUUCUAUAAUGAGAAACGCCUUGAUCUGUACACCCAUAAAUGGUGCUAACAUAUGUUACAGGAGCCACCGUAGUGCACGGGGCGGUCGAUCACUUCUGAGUAUUUCCAUGUGGGCACAAAGCCAAAAUGAAUGUAUUUAAUGAGCUCCCUCCUCAUUUCCGUUGUUUUUAUGAGAAUGUUGUGGUAUUGUUACCUGCAAUUGAGCAGCUUCUGACUUUCUGUAUUGUGAAUUUGGAGGAGGAUAACUACCGACCUCUGCCUUCGGCAAUGCGUCUUCCUUCCCCAGGCUGGGCUGUUGGGGGGAGGGGAGCUUGGCCCGGAGCUCCCUGCGUGAGCCUGGGCCUGCUCACCUGGGCCUGCUCAGCAAAGUCUCCUCUGUUUACACUGUAAAAUGUCAGCAUCUGUCACAAACCUGUGCUCUAAGAAACGUGCUCCUGAGGCUCCAGUCCGGGUAGGGCGUGCUCCCCACCUGCAGCUGUGGUGGGGUGCCUGGCUCGGGGGGCAGGGACUUGUUGACACAGGUCUUCACUGCUGGAGGCUGAGCUGACUCAGGGCUUCACUGUUGAUCCCCUUUAGCAAACCUGGCCACUGAGGAUUGUACAAUUAACCAAAAAUAAACGUAGAAAAUAAAAGAUCAGAAGCC